CUGAUUGCAAUUAUUGGAUACCAUACUCGACUGAUUUUUUGGGGCCCAUUUCUUAGUGGCUGGUCGCGUGUUUAAGUAGUGUCUCGUCACACCACCUUACAUAAUAUGAGACAGCCAAAAAUAGGCCAUACAUUUAAAAGAGCGCAUCCGUCACGAAAUUCUCAACCCCGUUUAAAGAACAUAACUGAAAUCUUGACUCGGUUGGUCCAUUGUCCAGUUGCUCGGGAUUUCUUGCCGGAAUUUCGUUGUUGUCUCUUUCAAUUCCGCAUUUUUCUUGUCGCUCCAAUUUUACCUUUUCCACAUUUUUCUCACCCCCUCCUUGCUUUUCGCAAUUCCUACUUCCUCGCUCCAUUUAAACUUUUUCUCAACUCCACACUCUUUUGUCUUUUCUACAUAGUGUGCCUUACCUAGUCACACACCAACGCACUUCAUUAUCCCGUGUCUCCCAUAUUGUUUUCUGGCGAUCAGUGAGUACGUUUUUGCCCCCUUCUUUUUGUGCCACGUUUUGCUGGCGCUACCCGCCCAAGGUUUGGAGGCCAGCGACCACUACACCAGUACACCAAACCGGUGUAUCUCGUUGGUGUCUCAUAACCAAAACC